AUGGUUCCAUUCAACCGUGGCGGUGGUCGAGGCGGAGGCGGCGGCCGCUCUCGCGACAAUUGGGCGGACAAUUUGAACAAAGGCAACGAGAAGCUCGAGCGCUACUAUAAUGAGCCCGAAUUCGUCCCAGAGGAGGAGAGAGAAGAAUUCUGGGCUGCGCUGAAGCGCGAUUUGCCCAAUAGCUUCCGUUUCACUGGGUCCCGUGGCCAUGCACUUGCUGUGCAAGAACGUCUCAAGGAUUUCUAUAUUCCCAAAAUCACGUCUAUCCAGUAUGAAGGCGAAUUUGUCGAGCCCCCGCGCCCAGUCUCUUGGUACCCCGACCAGCUUGCCUGGCAGAUGACGACACCUAAGAAUGUCAUUCGACGACACGCACCAUUUGCUUCUUUCCAGAAGUUCCUUGUUGCCGAGACGGAGGUCGGAAAUAUCAGUCGCCAGGAGGUUGUCAGAAGCAAGUCUUGCCAGCUGAUGGAGAUGGUACACGCGGGCGAAGAAGAGUCUAUCCGAGAAGUUGCCGAACAAGCGAAGGCUGGUACCAUUGGUGCGGAGCCCCAGGGCCCAGAGGGCUUGAACGAUGACGGCCGGACUACUGGUCUGUUGAUUGCCAACGACAGUGAUUACAAGCGCUCGCACCUUCUUAUCCAUCAGAUGAAAAGAUUGAGCUCGCCUAACUUGAUUGUGACCAACCACGACGCCACUAUGUACCCAUCUAUCAAACUGCCCCCACUUCCCAAUGUUGAGGGCCCCCAGAAGACUCGUUACUUGAAGUUCGAUCGUAUCUUGGCCGAUGUCCCUUGCUCGGGUGAUGGUACUGCUCGCAAGAACUACAAUGUGUGGAAGGACUGGAACCCUUCGAAUGCUCUCGGUCUUCAUCUCACGCAGGCUCGCAUCUUGGUUCGUGCUCUGCAAAUGCUUAAGGUCGGUGGACGAGUGGUCUACUCUACUUGCAGUAUGAACCCUGUGGAGAACGAGUCGGUGAUUGCUAGUGCCAUUCAGCGCUGUGGCGGUGCCCAGAAUGUCAAGAUUGUCGACUGCAGUCAAGAGUUGCCUGGGUUGAAGCGUGCUGCCGGUCUGAAGACCUGGAAGGUCAUGGACCGUGAAGGCCGCAUCUGGAGCAGCUGGAAGGAGGUUGAGGAGCAUAAGGAAUCGCAGGGCAUUGAGGGGCUGGAGCUGACCUUCCCUCUCGAGCGUUGCAUGCGUAUCUAUCCUCACCAGCAGGACACCGGUGGUUUCUUUAUCACCGUUCUGGAGAAGACCUCUGAAAUCCGCGCCAAGCCAGAGGAUAAUUCAAGUGUCAUUCCCCGGGCGCCAGUCACCCCUGUCGCCAAUCUGACAGCCGAGCUUGAUGCCCGCAAGAAUAGCAACGAUGACCCUCAAGCAAAGCUGAGCUCUUUGGAUAAUGUUGUUGUCCCAGAUCCUGAAGUCCAAGCAGAGCUCGCCAAGAAUCAGUCUGUUGCCGAGGCCACAAAUCAGCCUCCUUACUCUGCUACUCUAGGCGCUUCCGAUGCCACCGCGAACGCUAAGCGCGAUAACCAAGACUUUGAAGAAGAAGUACCGGCUAAACGUGUGAAACUCGAUAGCGGAAUUGAGGCUUUGGUUGGUGACCGCCCGGUUCAUGACCCUGUUCCAGCAGGACAGGUCGAGAACGUAGCAGCUCCCACCAAGCCCACUUCGGGACCAGGCUACCCGGGUAAGAAGAAGGGCAGUCACCAGGAGGAUCCAUACAAGUACCUUGACCCCAAUCACGAAGAGCUGGCCCCGAUUUUCGAUUUCUAUCAGCUGUCUGAGCGUUUCCCCCGCGAUCGCUUCAUGGUUCGCAAUGCAGACGGCGCUCCACACAAGACAAUUUACUACACCAGUGCUCUCGCACGAGACAUCCUUACCCAGAACGAAGGUUCUGGCAUGAAGUUUGUCCACUGCGGUGUCAAGAUGUUUGUUAAGCAGGAUGCCCAGCGCGAGAACGUGUGCCGUUGGCGUAUCCAGACUGAUGGAUUGAAAAUCACCGAGCCUUGGGUCAAUGACGACGGGUGGAAGAACCUUGGUGAGAUCGGUGCCCGGGUCAAGGACAUCCCGAUGGGCUGCAGCAUUCUGCGUGUUGAGCCCAACGGCAAGGAGGAUGGUCUCAACGAGCGCAUGGUGCUACCCCUUUGGCGAUCACUCCACUCUCUGAACCUCAUGCUUCCCAAGGAGGAGCGGCGCGCCAUGUUGCUCCGCAUUUUCAACGACGAUACCCCUCUCGUAAACGCGACUUUGAAGAACCAGAACAAGCCCGAUGCCUCUGGAACCUCAGGUACAGACACACCUAUGCAGGAGACCCCGGCCAUCUCGACCGCCGGUGCCGAUAACGCCGCCUUGAAGAACGAAGACACCCAGCUCGCAGAGGACGAACAGGCCUUUGUAGAGAGCCGAGAAAGCUUCGUCAAGAUCGGCGAUGAGGAGGACACUUUCAAUACAACGGUUUGA